AAAAAGCUGAAGACUCGUUCCCAUUACGUAAUGAAAUUUAAUUGAACUCAGACUCAAAAAGGAAUCAUUGUGCGCAGAUUAAUCGAAAGUCAAAAUUUCCAUUUCUCAAAUCGAAAUGCGAACGCCAUGUUCCCAUACAUGUCUAGCUUUCAUCCUCAAAUUCCUCAAUUUCCUCAACGCAUUUGUUGGUGUUGUCAUAAUUAUAUAUUCUGUGUAUGUGCUUACUCAAUUGCAUCACCACCCUCCGCCUAAUGAUUUCGGAUUCCACCCUAACUCCGGCGUCUUUAACCCGGACGAUGCGCUCAGCUCCAAUUUCAGCUCUCUCCCAGCUCCUUGGUUUACAUAUGCAUUUUUGGCAACUGGGAUUUUGAUAGUCUUCAUCAGUUUGGUUGGAUUCAUUGGUGCGGAGGCCAUCAGCGGCUGUUGCCUUUGCUUUUAUGCUGUACUCACUACCGUAUUCAUUUUAUCGGAAGUGGGUUUAGUGAUCUUCAUUGCUCUUGAUCGCCAGUGGGAGAAGGAUAUCCCAUCUGAUCCCACUGGAGAACUUGACAAAUUGUGGACCUUCAUCAAUGAUAAUGCUGAUGUCUUUAUGUGGGUCGGCAUUGUUGUUCUUAGUGUACAGGUGUUAUCUGUACUUCUUGCUAUAGUACUGAGAUCCUUGGUUUCUAGUCAGAAUGAAGAUGACGAUCUCGAGGCUGAGUAUGGUUUCCGUAAUAGCAGUAGGGAACCAUUGGUUAGUCCAUAUUCAGGCCAAGCAUCUGGUUCAGCUAGAGGUGAUUCUGAUAUCUGGAGUGUAAGGAUGAGAGAAAAGUAUGGACUUAAUACCAGCAGCAGCAGCAGCGACGCGAAACCAAAAUUUGGUGAAUCCAAAAGCAGCAGCUGAUGUUAUGAAGUGUGAGUGAAAAAUCUCUUGAAGCAAAUGAAGAGCAGUAAUGGUGAUCAGUUUUAUGUGAGAUUUAUAUUUAUAUGAUUUAUUAAGUUUGGCUAGAUAGAGUUUUUUACUUGCAAUUGUGUGGUGUAUAUUGAUCCAAGUAUGGUGUGGAUGACUACGGUUAUCAUUGUGGAAAAGGGAAGAUUAUUUGUAAUUUUUUGGUGUGCUAUUUGUUUUUCUGUAAUUAGUAUUCAGGGACCAAACCAUUUCUUCUUAAACACUGAUGUUUCCACCCAUUUCUACUUGAAAUAACAACAAUCCAUUUAUUUGUAACA